AUGUAUGUACCCAAUAGGGCGGGUGGCCUUGGCGUCCCCCACCUGAUUCACUACUACCAGGCAGCACAACUGACGCAAGCACAAAACUUGCACGCCCCAUACGGAAUCAAACGGUGGGUGGAUCUUGAGCACGACAUAUUCGGCAGAGAUCACCCCUCCCUCUACAUCUGGCUACCAAAACAGGCCAGACCCCCCAUGCCACGAACGUCCCCAGCAGUAAUCAACACCAUCAGAACAUGGGAUCGAAUAGUACACAAAAGCGGCCUUACCACACCCCUGUCCCCGCUAACGCCAAUACUUCGCAACACGCAAUUCGCCCUAGGUAUGACACCUAAAGAUUUUACACGAUACGAAGACAACAACCUCACGCGCUUCCACCACUUCUUCCAGGGACAACAACUGACGCCAUUUCCCGACCUACAGCAAACGACACCUUUCCAAACAUUUGAUCUAUUUAGGCACAUUCAAAUCAAAAGCUUCCUCUCAUCCCCGGCAAACACACAAGCGGGAACCAAGGCAUUAACCACCUUUGAGAAACAAUGCAUGCAAACUCCGGUACAGAAAGACCAAAUCUCCGCACUCUACGCCCAUAUAAUCCAAAACAUCAAACAGGGCGCCCUCACAUACGUGUCGGCUUGGGAGAGGGACUUAGGCCCAGCAGAAGACCAGACGGACUGGAGUGACAUUUGGGAAGCCACAGCAACCAUAUCCAUCUGUGUCAACCACAAGGAACAGGCCUACAAAACCCUAAUGAGAUGGUAUCUCACCCCCCUCAAAAUGAAACAGAUGGGCAGGUCAGAAACAGACCUAUGCUGGAAGGGAUGUGGUCAGAAAGGAACCUACCUCCACCUAUGGUGGGAGUGCACCCCAAUUAAACAGAUCUGGCAACAAGUAGCGACCAUGGUCUCUAGAUUAUUACACACUGACAUCCCACUUAACCCUUGGAUUUGGCUGCUUUCAAAACCACACGCGGACAUACCUAGAGCACAAAACAAAAUGACAGCAAAAAUCGCCCUAGCAACUAGGAGGGCAAUAGCCGAAACUUGGGGCAGCACUGAAACACCGACCAUGGAAAUAAUUAAACGAAAAAUAGUAGACACAAUCAAAAUGGACGAACUGUCCGCCAUAGUGCACGACACUACAACAGUAUACCACAAAAUAUGGGACCCAUGGUUCUAUGAAUUCCCGACCCCCACUAGCACACACCAAAUGAGCCACUCGUAAAACACAAACCCGCUACGGGCAUCCCAGACCAUCUCACCCCGGGAAGAACACCCCACUGACUCCUCCCCCCUUUUUUUUUUUCUCCCUCUCCCCUUGCCCCAACCCCCCACGACACAACCUCAACCACACAACUACAAGAGGAUCACACCAGCCAUAAAGUAAACAGACCGAGAGUUAGACAAGGACAGACAGCCCGAAAAUUGGGCCGUAACUAUCCUCAACGAUACAAUCCCCCUCCCCUGCAAACCUCAGGAACUACAUCCCAAAAAGGUAGAACAGCACCAAGGACGAUACAAAAAUCCGACAUGAGAACUACACCCACAACAGGUUCGCUACAAUAGCCUUACCAGGCUCACUUUGACCACCCACACACCACCCGACCGAACACCCUACGACGAACACCCCCCCCACCAAAGGGGAGGGAAAGUGAACGAGGGAAAGGGAACUGCGCCUUACCCAACUCAAGCGCAAACCCAGACGUCGAGAUAGCACCCCAACCCCAAUCCUUCUUUCAUUUCUGUACCCCAUCCCAAGAUAGAGGACAGAAGACGAAUAGCGCCAAAACCGAUGUUUAA